CGGUGCCUGCCUGCCUGCCUUCCUUCCUUCCGGCCUGGCGAGCAGAAGCGGGCCGGGCUAGAUGUCCUCUGGUGGGCCCUCCCUCUGACGGUGGGCCUUGGCCACGCCCUCCCUGCCCGGGAGGAGGCGUGGCCUGGGAGAGGGGCGUGGCCCCGAGGAGAGUCUGCCGUCGCCUCAGCCGGAGACAUUUCGGCUUCUUCCUCGUCGCGGUCGGCCAUGGCGGGCUCGUCCGCGCUCCCUCUGCCGGGGGUCCUCCUCCUCCUCGUCCUCCUCCUCCUCCUCCCCCGGGAGGGCCUGCAGGCCGCGGCCCGCCCGCCUCUCCCCUCCCCUGCCCCGGCCGCCCUUCGGGGGUCCCUUCCCGGCCUGGGCGCCCGCUUCGGGUGGCGGAACCUGACCUGCCCGGCCUGCAAGGCCCUCUUCGUCGCCAUCGACCUCAGCGUCCAGCUGGAGAUGGGAGUGGAGCACAUCCGUCGGCUGGCUGUGGCUACCUGUGAGCGCCUGCGCCUGGCCCGCCCGGAGGUCUGCCAGGAGAUCGUGGGCCUCUUUGAGCACGACCUGCUCACCGCCUGGAUCCGCUCCAUCCUGCGCCCGGCCGAGAUCUGCGGCCUCCUGGUGGGCACUGACUGUGGACACUGGGACAUCUACUCCGACUGGAACGUCACCCUGCCGGACACCCCAAAACCUCCCGUGAAUCCGCCACGUCCCCCGCCCCCCGGGGCCCCCUCCGCCAGGAUCCUCUUCCUGACCGACCUGCACUGGGACCGGGGCUACCUCCCGGGCAGUGAUGCCACCUGCAAGGACCCCCUCUGCUGCCGGGGAGGGGUCAACAGCAGCAGUAGGGAUCCCAGGGCUGGCUUCUGGGGCAGCUACAGCAACUGCGACCUGCCGCUUCACACACUGGAGAACCUGCUGCAGCACCUGAGCCGGGGGGGCCCUUCGGGCGGGGGGCCCUUCGACCUGGUCUACUGGACAGGAGACAUACCGGCACACAACGUCUGGGAGCAGAGCCGUGGGGACCAGCUCGAGGCCCUGCGCACCGUCUCCGCCCUCGUCCAGAAGCACCUGGGGCCACUGCCCGUCUACCCAGCCGUGGGCAACCACGAGUCGGUGCCCGUCAACUCCUUCCCGCCGCCCUUCGUGCCGGGGAACCAGUCCUCCGCGUGGCUCUACGACGCCAUGGCUGAUGCGUGGGCUCCCUGGCUGCCCCCAGAUGCCCUGGAGACCCUCAGGGUGGGGGGCUUCUACACGCUCCCGGUGCUCCCCGGCCUGCGCCUGGUCUCCCUCAACAUGAACUUCUGCUCCGAGGCCAACUUCUGGCUCCUCAUCAACGCCACCGAUCCGGCCGGGCAGCUCCAGUGGCUGGUGGGCGUCCUGCAGAGGGCAGAAGAGAUCGGAGAGAAGGUCCACAUCAUCGGCCACAUCCCCCCUGCCCACUGCCUGCGCUGCUGGAGCUGGAACUACUACCGCAUCAUCAACAGGUUCGAGAGCACUGUGGCCGGCCAGUUCUUUGGCCACACGCACGUGGAUGAGUUUGAGAUGUUCUACGAUGAGGAGACCCUCUCCCGCCCGGUGGGCAUCGCCUUCGUGGCCCCCAGCGUCACCACCUUCAUCGCCCUCAACCCAGGCUACCGUGUCUACGAGGUGGACGGUCCCUACCCAGGCGGCUCCUUCUUAGUGCUGGACCACGAGACCUUCAUCCUGAAUCUGACGGAGGCCAACACCCCGGGGUUGCGGCCGGAGUGGCGCAGGCUCUACGGGGCCCGAGAGGCCUACGGCCUGCGCACCGCCUUCCCUUCUGAGUGGGAACAGCUGCUGAAGCGCUUUGAGGCCGAGGAGCCGCUCUUCCAGCGCUUCUGGUUCCUGAUGUACAAGGGCCACCCGCCCCGCGAGCCCUGCGAGGCGCCCUGCAAGGCAGCCCUACUCUGUGCCCUCCGCACCGGCCGCGCCGACGACCCCCAGCUCUGCCCCACGCAGGCCCAGGCCCUCCCCUUCCCCCAGAUCCAGGCCCUUUGGAGGGGCAAGCGCUUUUGCUAGCCGGACACGGGCCACGUUGACCCAUGCUCGGGACACUGGAGGAGGGACUUGUGGGAUGCAGAGCCGCCUCGCUUUGCUGGAACUUGAGUCACUGUCUUCUCGACCUCGAUUCACAACCUUGCAAAAGAUUUUGGGACAAGAGAGCGUUACUCAGGCCGAAUGGCAGUUCGGGGUGCCGAGAACCCCCCAAAGAAGGAGGGCUGUGGAAGCAUCGGACCAUUCCUCUGACCUGGCUUCAAAUGCAAGGGAGGUGGGGCUAAUCUCAGCUGAUAGCCCCCUCCUCCCAUUUUAUUCCACAGGUCGUGGCCUCCAGCUCUGCACGAAAGCACCCCUUGAAGAGGAGCAGAGAAAGGAGCUAUAGCAGCUCGCAAUCCCAUUGUUUUUGCCUUGCUAGCCCUUCAAAGACAAUACCCCCCCCCCCAAUAUCCCAGGGCUUUCUGGCUCCUUCGUAGCAUCAUCAGAAGAAAAGGGUGACCAGAGGGACAUGCAGCACUUCAUGGACAUCACUCCUCUCCUAGAAGCAUCCCUUGUCCUUGGGAGUGACCAGGGCCGGAGGAAGGCCUAGGUGGGGGGCCAAGGGGCAGCCCCUCCUUAUUUAUUAGCUGUUGCGGGGAGGGGGUUGCACACCCAAGGCCCACUUCCCCCAUAUUUCACCUGCCCCUCGUUUGCAAUAAAGGCCUUUUUGAUUCUGCCUCAA